AUGGCUCGAGGGCUUGAGCACCUUGGCCGACAUGGAGUCAGCCACAACGACGUGAAGCCCCGCAACAUGUUGGUCUUUCAAGACUCGGGGGUGCUCGUUGCCAAGGUUACCGACCUGGGAUGUGCUCUCGCUCACGGAGACAUGAGGAGGGGGCAGGGCACGAUCGGAGGCCAGGUGCCAGAAGGGAUGAUGAGCCGGGAGGUCGCGUGCGAGCCGUCUCAGGACGUGUUCGCUCUGGCACACAUGAUAUUGCUGACGCUAACGAAGAACGAGUGGAAGAGUAGCAAUAUGUGGUUUAGCAAGGCGGUCCAGACGGAUGGCGACAAGGAAAUCAUCAGCAAGAUGGAAGCGAGAAAUGCUUCUGUUGCUUCCAAGCACCGUUUUAUGGACGAGGUGACGCUUCGCAACCAGAUCGACCCUCGCGCCCGCGCAGCCCUGCUCAAUCCGGAUCACCUCUAUGACGUCCUCACCGACGACGUCAAGGAAAAGGUCAUCAUCCUCCUCGCCAAGGCGCUUUCGCCAGACCCGACCAAGCGGCCUCCCAUGGCCGAGAUGCUCGCCGAGUUGGACGACAUGAACGAGUGCCUGCUCGAGAUCGAGACCCAGGGAGUCAUCUCGGCGGCGACGGCAGCGGUGGUUAGGGGAGGGCCGUCCCGAACGGUCAGCACAGACGGCGGAGAGGGUAGCGUCGCCGCCGGCCAUGGAGCGCCCCACCCGCCGCCGCCGGUACCCGCUACCCUCGAGACGGUGCCUGGAGCUUUCGAAGGAUGCGGGAGCGCCGUUCCACAGCAGGUCGCGGCCGUUGCAGGGGUAAACUUCAUCCCGUCGAUCAUCCCGCAGGUGGGGGUAGGCCCCGUUGUUUCGAGGGAAACAGCCGACGGCAGUGCUGCUGCUGAGGAGGAGGAGGGAGGAGGAGGCGGACGUUCAGCUCUUGCUCCACUGGCGACGCCAGCCACCGAAGGACAGAGGUCGACCGUAACCCGACCCCUCCAGGAAGGUUCCUUGCCCGUGUUGGGAGUUGUUUCUGGAGGAAUGCCGUCACACGACGGUCGCAGCGGGGGUGGUAACCAUGUUGUGCCGGUCGCAAGCACCGCAUCGAUUGUUCAGAGCGGAGUUGUUACCGGGGGAUCUGCAGCGGCGAUGCCGGGGUCUGCUGGUGUGAGGGGAGCGGUGGCGGUGACGGCGGCGGUGGGAGGAGGAAGAAGAGUGGUGGACAGCCAAGCACGCCUCCUCCAGUGUCCGGCGAGGCUAAGGUCGCCACGCACCGGCGAUGUAGCGGCGGCAGAUGGAGUGGGAAGGGCAAAAGGAGGUCGAGGGACAGGGUUGGUGCCGCGGGCGUUGGCGGUGAACGAUGCCGCUCCCGAUGUCGAUAAAGGAGGUGACGGAGGGGGGCUUCGCACGUCGCACCGCAACAACCGACUCCCUGCGGGUCCUGCGCCUAGGAGGCCGACAACCAGGAGGAACGCGCCCGGUGGUGCAAGAAUGGACGCCGGCCGUGUCACCAAUUUCCACAGGGCCACCAACACUGCACGGGGGGGGUUCCCGCCGUUCGCCCACCAACAACGCCGCUGCAACUCCCGCGGUCCCCAAGGCCAGGGCAGGACGAAUGCCUACCACGGUGGGCACCACGGAGGCAGCAGGAGAGGAAUGGCCGAGAAGAGCGGCUCUGCUUUCAUCCGCCAGGGACACCACCACCAACACGCCGGCGUGCCGCUUGCAUGGGGGCACCACCACCUCCCCGCCGCGGCGAACAACCUGGUGCUGCCGCAGCCGCAGCCGCAGCCGCAGUUGCGGGCAUACCCUCAGCACCAACAGUCGUGGGGCGUGGGGGGAGUAGGUGCCGCACCCUCCCACUACGUCCCUUCGGGGUCCUCGACAAGGCAGAUGCACCAGGGUGGAUAUGUCGGAGGAGGAGGAAGGGCAGGCGUGUUCCGCCCACCCCAAGCCCCGGUGCUGCUGCAACCGGUACGGCAACCCUCGAUUUACCACGACCCAAGGUACGCGGGAGGCGGCUGCGGAGGGUGGGGUGUACCCCGUGCGGGAGGGCACAUGCCAUUUAUUCCGGGUGGAGCGUCUUCGCCUGCCUACUACCCACUGGCGACAGGUGUCAACGGGUUCCCGCCCAACUGGCAGAGAGCGUGCGCCGUGCGGUGA